AUGCCUCCGGAAGCAACAAUGAUAAUUGUCGACAACUCAGAAUACAUGCGUAAUGGUGACUAUGCACCGACUCGUUUUGGGGCACAAUCAGAUGCCGUCAGCGUGAUCUUUGGUACCAAGACGCAGUCUAAUCCAGAGAACACGGUCGGCGUGAUGACCAUGGCAGGAAAGACACCCGAAGUCCUCGUUACCCCGACGCCAGAUGUUGGCAAAAUUCUCAGUGCUUUGCAUGGGCUGAAGAUAAACGGCGAAGCGGAUAUUGUCACAGGAAUCCAGAUAGCUCAGCUGGCGUUAAAACACCGUCAGAACAAGAAUCAGAGACAGCGAAUCAUUGUUUUUGUUGGCUCUCCCCUGGCGGCAGAUGAGAAAACGCUGAUUAAGCUUGGAAAGAGGCUCAAGAAAAAUAAUGUCUCGAUCGAUAUUAUUUCUUUUGGGGAGGAAGAAAAUGAUGCCCGACUUCGGGCAUUUGUUGAAGCCGUUUCAAGCAGUGACAACAGCCACAUGCUCUCUGUUCCCUCUGGUCUCCACUUACUUUCCGACGUCAUAAUAUCAUCGCCGAUUCUUUCCGGAGAUAGAGGCAUUCCCGGUGGGCUGGACAGUGGCGUGCCGAACAGCGCCAAUGGAUCUGGUCAGGAUUUCGAAUUUGGGGUAGAUCCCAGUUUGGAUCCUGAACUUGCCAUGGUAUGGACUUCCACCGAGACACCUGCUGCGCCAGCCGCUGACGCAGAUACUUUGAUGGAUGCUGCGGAUGAGGAUGAGGAAGCCUUGCUAGCACAGGCGCUGGCUUUGUCCCAAAGUGAAGAUAUGGAGAUGGCGGAUGAGGCAGACCUAGAUGAAGCGGAAGCUAUUGCGAGAGCAAUACGCGAAAGUCAUGAUGAAGACGGCAGGGACAGUGCAAAAUGA